AUGACAUCACCUAGUGAUAUCGUCACUGUGCUCAGUAUACGCUAUGGUAGUGUUGGCUGUGAUAGUGGUGGUCUAUAUGGUGGUUGUGUUACUGAUUUUAGGUUGGAGAUUGUGAAGCCUUCAAGAACAGCACAAAGUGGGCGCCCCAAUGGAAAUCAAGGUCUAUUUGCUACUUCCAAUGGAAAACAACCAUUUGAUUUCCCUGCAAUCAAAUGUGCUGCAUGUGGUAGUCUGACAUGCCAAUGCAGCCUCAGAUGUUCUGUUAAGCCAUCUUCCAAUGAUUUUUCUUCAAAAAGAUUAUCUGAUCGUGAUGACUCUGGUGAUUCUAAACUUGAUGGUGGGGUUAAAUAUCCUUUGACAUCUCAAACAAGAGGUUUACAGCUGGAUUCAUAUGGGCAUGAAUGUGUUCGCAAUGAAGACAAUUCUCAGCAAAGAGUCUCUUCCCCGGCCACAACUGCUGCCAUUGAUAAAGGAUGGAUUUCACCUGUUAAUAUGUCGCCAAACAAGGUUUUGCGUGUUGCCAUGCUAAAAAGCCGCUUUGCAGAUACUAUCUCCAGAGCUAGACAUCAUACUCUCCUGGAUCAUGGCAAGAAGAUUAAUCCUGUGAGUGGGCAAAAAGAAAGGGAAAGACUGGAAAGGCAGCAGUGUGAAGAGAAGGCUAGGAUUACAGUUGAAAAUAAAACUGCUGUAGCAGCCUCCCGAAUGAGGGUAGAGACAGAGUUGAGGACGCAACGUGAGAGGGAAAGAAAAGCAGCCAGAAUUGCAUUAGAAAAGAUGGGAAAAACAGUCUAUUUCAACGAGAAUCAAGUUAUUAUGGAGUUUGAAGCAAUAAUUGGAGGCAUCACAGUGUAACUCUCUGGAACAGCUUGGGUUGUACAUAAAGGAUGAUCACAUGGAAGAAGAUGAAGUGGAGGCAAUUCUGGAAGGAGAAGAGGGGAAAAUUCUUUCGUAAUCCUAGCUGCAUAUAUGUGUAGUUUGAGGUGUUAAUUGUAAAUUAGUAUUCUUUUUGUGGGCUGUUAGGGAACGAAAGGCAAGAUCUCUAAUUAGUCAAAUGAACAUUGUAAGUACAACUUGUGCAUAUUUUUUGUAGAUGCAGUCAAACGAAGAUUUAAUACAGCUUGUGAAUAAUUUUUUGUGUAUUUAGUAUUUGUCUUGUAAAUCAAGUAUGUCCAGCAUGGUGCUGCCAUUGGAUUGAAAUUGGGAUGCGUAUCAUAAUAACUCAGAAUGCAGCAAU